AUGCACCUUUCAGAUAAACAGGUGAGGAAGAAGCUGACAGCAGGACGUCGCUCGGCCGCAGCGAACCACAGACACUUUUGCAUGAUUUCGACGGAUGCCAAGGAAGCUGCCAAUCAUCCUAUCCUGUCUGCUUGGUCGCCUCGGACCUAUGAUCCUGAAUCAUGGAACCUGAAAUUGACGGCUUGUGCGAUGAGAUGCCUACGCCAAGAGACUUGGAAACAUCCCACUGGCGGCGACAGUGCCCCAUAUCGCGGUAGCGGUGGUGAGAUUGCCCAGAUUGGCCAGCCUUAG